AUGCAAACACCAACGAGGCCAUUGAACCAGCACCGUCAAUCAAUUUCUUCUGCCUCAGCGUCUUCCUUAGGCGCUUCGAGACCAUUGUCCCAUUCACGCAACAAUUCCCACACAUACUCCACUUUGUCCGGCGCCCUCAAUGCCACCCACCGCGUAACACGUCGGAAGAGCAUGACUGGCACUGCUGCCAACGUCGCGGCUGUCGCGGCCGCCCUCGAAGAAGCAGGGGAUAAAGUUGGGCCAUUACCUAUUGCUGUUAAUUCCCGCCGCGGUACCAUGUCCAAGCCUGCCACCGCUCGACCUGCCAUCGUGGGCAGCUUACCUUCUCCGCCUGCUAGCUUGCCAACCCAUAGAUUCUCGAUGAAUAUGAAAUCCGAGGGCCCAGAAAACGCUAUCGACGACUCCUCGAACGACAUGUCCGCCGAUGAGGGAGAAGAUGGUCCCCAGAAAGCUCGCAUGCGACGGGCGAGCGAUGGUCAGCCGCUAACAAAAGAGGGUAGGAAGAGCAACCGAAUUGAACUCCGCUGCGACAAGUGCGGGAAAGGAUACAAGCAUAGCAGCUGCUUGACCAAGCAUUUGUGGGAACAUACUCCCGAGUGGUCUCUCACGUCCAAGCUGCUUAUAUCCAAGCACCAACAAGUUCAACUGCUCGAGGCGGCCUCGGUUCUUGUCGCCAUGAACACGGAGGCAACCACUCCUCCAGACUCUACCAAAGACUUUGCCAGCGACCCCGAAUCCGCUUCUCCUACCGCCUCUGGGUACUCAGACCUCCACGAUGGUCGUAGUUCAGCCGACACCACCCCACCUCCGCAUUUGGACGCUUUUAGUGCCAUGAAUUCUUUUGCUUACCGUACGGCUUCUAAGAGGGAUAGCAACGGAAGUAGCUUUGCGCGAUCAUACCAGUCGGCCGUUUCGGGUUCGUUCUUUUCAGGUAGCGUACCAAACGGGAAUGGAUUCGGUCACGCUCGUCAUGCUAGUUCGGACCGGCGCCCCCCUUCUUCAGGAAUGAACAGCACUGGCCAAGAUGAUCGCGACCUUGCGACAGCCAUCGAGUUACUCAGCUGCAGCUUCGGUAGUAACGGAGGGACCCGAGAUUCUAGGCUCCCUGACGAUGCUCCUCCCGUACCACCGCUACCCGCCCAGUAUCUCGAUCACGCAGCUUUUACCAGCACGAGUUUUAUCAACAGCUUUCCAUCAGGGCAGAUGCCGGAAAGUUUUACCCGGGGUGAGCUCCGGCAUACCGAGGACGUGAAGAUGGAAGAUAGUGAGAGUAGCAUAAUGGAUGAAGACGAAGGUGAAGGACGGUUUAGGGCGCGCAGCAGCGAGGAAGACGAUGAUAUGAUGUUUGGCCGUAUGGAGGAUUAA